AUGAAAUUGUUAAGUCCAAAUAUUAAUAGGUAAAAAGAGAGCCAACCCUCCUCAAAAUCAAGAAUUAGUCAUAUUUCCUCUAUUUCAUCAAACUUAAGGAGGUCUAGAAUUUCUAUUUAGAGCAAGCAAAGCGAAAAAUCAUCAAACUCAGGAGUAAAAUCAAAUAGGAAAUCUCAGAGUAGCAGAAACAUUUUCGAUGGACUGACUUUCCUAAUAGAAGUUUUUGAAGAUAAUUUAAAUAUGUACUAGAAGAUCUAACCCAUCAUUGUAGAGAAUGGUGGCAUCGUAGUCAGAUAAUUAGCUGAGGAUACUAACUACUUUGUUUUUCAAAAUGGCAGAAGGAAAGUAUUACUCAAAGCCAUGAAUGAUUGGAAAGAUGUCAAAGUUGUGAGCCCAUAGUGGAUUGAUCAAAGCAUUUCUAAGAGGGAACUAUUAGAUCAUAUUCAAUUUUAGCCAGUGAUUAUCAACCAAGAGGAAAUGAAAGAUGAGAGUUUGUAAUCCUUAUAGACGAGUAAAAAGAGACCUGUUCCUGUUGAGGAAUCUAAAACAGCUCAUAAACUAUCUCCUUUGAAAUCAAAAAGGAAGCUUAAGGUAAAUAAUAAGAGAAACUCAAAUAAAGAAAAAACUUAGAAUGAAAGUUAAAUUAAAGCUGAUCAAAACUAAAACAAUAAGUCAGCCUUGGGAUAUGACUAAGAUGACUUGGACAAGACUAUUUAAUAGAUAUAAGAGGAGAAAUUUUUUAUGAAGGAAUUUGCAAAGGACCUUAAAAAAUUCUCAAAGCUGUUUGAAUAGCAGCAAAUGACUGAGGAUAAGCUAGAGGCAACAAACGAUAAGAGCUAAUUAAUAGAAUUAAAGGAUGAAAUAAAGUAGAAGAAGCAAACUAAAAAUAUGAAUAAGAAUCAAUUGAUUGAAUCUUAUAUAGAAGGUGAUAUUGAACUAGUAGAUUUCAUUGAGAACAUGGAGAUUAAGCUCAAAGAUAAGAGCAGAAAAGGAAAGAGUAGAAAAGCAGUAGACUCUAAUAGAAGAAUUAGUGAGAUGUUUGGAAGAAAUGAUUAGAGAGUUGAGGAUAAAGGAAAUGAUAAAGGCCUAAACUCAACUUAACUUAUGAAUAAAUCAGGAUUAAUAUCUCUACAAGAUUUUCUGAACGAUAUUGAUAAGGAAAACACUCCUAUCAAUUAAUGUGAAAAAGAUUAUCAUUUAAGAGGAUCAGCUAAAAAGCAUAACUCUCAGGCUGUUGAUCAAAAUCACUUCUCCUAAAAAUCCAUAGAUAACUAUAUCAGAUCUCUAAAUAGUCAAAACUCAUUUAAACCUCUGCUAAAUCACAAACCUCAAAGCAUUUUCAAUUAAACUUUCCUCAAGACUAUCUAAGAAAAUUCAAGUAAUAGAAUUUAAAAAAGCUAAACUAUUCAAGCUAGCAAUUAAAAUAAGUAAUUAAGCAAGAAGUUGAAAAAUAUAAACUUAAGUUAAAAUUCUCUCCUGAGUACACCAAAGUCUAUUAAAAGAUCCAGGUCUGCUCACAUUACUUCAAGACUUCCAUUCUUACAAUUGUCAAAGGAUGAUCUCAAAAAUCAUAUUCAAUUUGACGGGUUCGCUUAAGAUUAGAAUAUGCUUGAAGGGAAUAGAAAGGCAGCAAGGAAGCACACGAAAUCCAAAACUUAGAGAAAGGUUAAAGAUAGGUCUAUGCCAACAAGGAAAAUGCCCUAAAGAGGAUGCAAAGGGAAUAUAAGCUAUGUAGAGGAUCAGUAUGACUUUAUAGGUGAACUUGACAGUAAAAGAAAUAGAAUAUUUCAUAGUCAUCAGUAUCAAUACUAUUGA